CAGACUCCCCUUCCCCUGUGUAGCAUUCCCUUCUCCCUUUUCCUUCCCCCCCCCUCCCCCCGUUUCUUCCCUCCCUCGGCUGUGUUGCUCCUGAUGGCUUCCUGGGCGCCCCCGGUCAUGCACACCCCCUCGACCUCUUGCGAGGCCGCCUCUGCGGCGGCCAUCCCCACCACCCCCUUCCCCGCUGCCAGCCUCCUGCCGAAGCAGGAGACCGAGGCGCUGGCUUUCAUGACGAAGUUCCCCGAGAGCGACGGCCGCGGGGUCGUCGUGGCGGUCUUCGACACCGGUGUCGACCCGGCGGCCGACGGCUUCCAGGUCACCACCGACGGCAAGCCCAAGGUGCUGGACGUCGUCGAUUGCACCGGUGCCGGGGAUGUGGACACCACGCAUGUUGCCAAGCUGGCGGAGGGCUCCCUCGAGGUGACCGGCCUCACUGGCCGCACACUGAAGCUCAACACCGCGUGGAAGAUCCCCAACGGUGAGGUUCGCCUGGGUGUCAAGCGUCUGUUUGAUAUCCUGCCCGAGCCGCUGGUCAAGCGCCUGCAGUCCGAGCGCGCCACCGAGUGGGAGAACAAGCAGAACACCCUCCUGACCCGGGCGCGUGUGGCUCUCAAUGACUUCGAGGCAUCCCUGCAGCAGCCGGCCAACGGCGAAAGCAAGGACGCCCCCCCGUGCCAGGCCUCCAGCCCCCAGGAGCAGGCCCUCCGCCGGGCGGAGCUCACCCAGCGCCUGGCUCUGCUGAAGGAGCUCCAGUCCCAGUACAAGGACCUGGGCCCGGUGUACGAUGUGGUUACCUUCUUCGAUGGCCAGCACUGGCGCGCGGCGGUCGACGUCUCGGAGGAGGGCAACCUCACCCAGGCCGAGGCGUACACCAACUUCCGCACUGAGCGCAAGUAUGGGCGCUUCUUCGCCGAGGCCGACCAGAUGUCCUACGCCAUCAACAUCUUCGAUGAGGGCCGCGUCACCAACAUCGUGACCACCUGCGGCUCGCACGGGUCCCACGUCGCCGGCAUCAUCGGCGCCCACUACCCCAAUGACCCGAGCCUCAACGGUGUGGCCCCCGGCUGCCAGAUCAUCUCGGUCAAGAUCGGCGAUGAUCGCCUCGACUCCACCGAGACCAACAACGCCCUGGUGCGUGGUCUCUACUACGCGGCCAACAGCGGUGCCCAUAUGAUCAACUUGAGCUACGGCGAGCCGGCGCGCGUCUUCGGCUCCGGGCGCUUCCACGACAUCCUGGCCAAGCUGGUCGAGGAGAAGAACAUCCUGUUCAUCGCGGCCGCCGGCAACUGCGGCCCUGCUCUGUCGACCCUCGGCGCGCCGGUCACCAUUAGCCGGCACAUCCUGGCCAUUGGGGCCUACCUGGCGCCGUCCUUCGCGGACUCGGCGCACUCGUACCUCGACGGCAUCGUCGAGACGCCCUACAGCUGGACCUCUCGCGGACCGGCCCUGGACAACUCCACCGGCAUCACGGUCUGCGCCCCGGGCGGCGCGUACGCCGCCGUGCCCACCUGGUGCCUGCAGAAUCGCCAGCUGAUGGAGGGCACCUCCAUGGCCUCGCCGAAUGCCUGCGGUGGGAUUGCCCUGCUCCUGAGCCGGCUCCUGGCUCGGGGAAUGCCCUACUCGCAUGCGCGCAUCCGCCGGGCCAUCGAGAACACCGCUCGCAGCGUCAACCGCGGCACCCCGCUCGACUAUGGCAGCGGCCUGCUCCAGGUGUGCCGGGCCUUCGACUACCUGGACAAGUUCCAGGCUCUGCCGGAUGAGGACGUCGACUUCCGCGUCAUGGUCCCGGAUGGCGGCGCCAUGGCGCGCGGCAUCUACCUGCGCGAGCCGCAUGACACGCUGCACAAUCGCCAGCUCGCGGUCCAGAUCCGCCCCCACGUGCGCAACGAGAAUGGCAAUGUCAGCUCCAACAACCGUGUGCGCAUCGACCUGGAGCAGAAGCUCCUGCUGUCGGCCACCGCCUCCUGGAUCCAAUGCCCGGGGCAUCUGUUCCUGACGCAUGGCGGGCGUGGCUUCGAGACGCGUGUGGCCUGCGCCCAGCUGGAGCCCGGUCGCGUGCACUACGGCGAGAUCCAUGCCUUUGACUCGGCACACCCGGAGCGCGGCCCGCUCUUCCGCGUGCCGGUGACCGUGGUCAUGCCGAUGCCGGUGCCGGAGGUGGCCCCGGGCCUGCCGCAGACCGGCGUCCUGCCGGCCACCACGGUGACCUUUGCUCCGGGCGAUGUGCACCGGCACUUCAUCCGGGUCCCGGAUGGCGCAACCUAUGUGGAUGUCAUCCUCCGAGGCAACAAUGCCGAGGAGAGCACUCGCUACUUCGUGCAGAUGAUGCAGCGCCUGCCGAACAUGCACCACCUGAAUACCAUGCUUCGCAAGUUCAUGAUCAUCGGCUCGGAGCAGGAAACCCGCAUCUCGCGCGCCGUGGCUCCCGGCCACACCCUGGAGCUGGCCCUCUCGCACUACUGGACGUCCACCGGCCGGUCGAGCCUCACCUACGAGGUCCGGUUCCACUCGGUGGCCCUCCUGGCCGCCGGGUCGGGCAUCGCCUCCGAUCGGAACAUCGCCGGCGGUGCUACCCUGAACAUCAGCCCGGCCGAGCACUUUGCUCGAGUCGAUGUGGCCUCGGCCCUGGUGCCGGAGCGUGCCCUGGCCCUGUCGGCCUCCUUCGGCACCGUGCGGCAGUCCCUGCGCCCGGUGUCCCGCAAGGUGGCGGCCCUGGGCGAGCGCGAGCGCGUUUGGGAUGCCAAGCAGGUCUUCGCCCUGACCGUGGAGUAUGCGCUGAAGGUGUCGGCCGAGCAGGCUGGCCUGGGGGCUGUCAUCACCUUCCCUGGGUUCUAUGAUAUGCUCUACGACCUGCCGGUCGAGUCGCGCCAGUGCUACGUCUACGACUCCCAGAAGCAGAAGGUCCAGUACAGCGACGCGCACACGCCCACUCCGGUCUCCCUCGCCGAGGGGUCGUACGUGGUGCAGCUGUGCGUGUCGCACGACAAGCUGGACCUGCUGGAGAAGUUCAACGAGUUCCUCUGCCAAGUGGACUUCCGUCUGAAGGAGCCGGUGUCCGUGUCGGUUUUCAACUCCCCGGACAAGGCGAUGACUGGCGAGGGUGCCAUCCGCACGCUGGACCUGGUGCCGCGUCGCCGCACGCCGCUGUACGUCCGUGCGCCGGCCCUGUCGGCCCUGCCGAAGGCCGCGUCUCCCGGCGACCUGCUCAUUGGCAAGUGCUCCAUCGGCCCGACCGGCAACGAGGACGCCGCCACCGUGGUGGAGCUGUCGUAUGCCGUGCCGCCGACCGUGACUCCCACGCCGGAUGCCCUCGAGGAGCAGCUGUCCCGCGGGAAGCCGGCCGAUCCGGCCACCGAGGCCAACAAGAAGAUGGUCGACCUGUACAAGUCCGUCCUGGAGGGCGAGCUGAAGCUGCUGGCUCACUUCCGCGCCGAGAAGGACUGGGCCAAGUUCGAUGCGCUCAUCAAGACCAUGGAGACCGCCUACCAGUCGUUGGAUGAUGCGCUGCACUUCUUCACCAUCAAGCUGAAGCUUGCCCAGGCCGACGCCGUUGUGGCUCGCGGCGGUGACGCCCCGGACUACAAGAAGUUGCUGGCCGACGCCGGCGAGAUCCUGGCCCUGUUCGAUGUUCCGGCGCUGGAGCUCUUCCGCGCCCGGCGCAAGAACGGCGACCUGAAGCCGACGGCCGUCGACGCCGAGGCCGACAAGGCCCUCACCGCCAUCCACGCCCUGUAUGUGGACGUGCUCCUCCUCCAGGCGGAGGCCCUGUCCAAGCUUGGUGAUGACAAGGAUACUCUGCAGGCUCUUGAGCAGACCCUCGCCCGCCUGGACCAGGCGACCACGGCCAAGGACAACAAGAAGUACGCCGACAAGCUGGUGCACUUCGAGAAUGUGGCUCGCAACCGGCCGGCCAUGGCCUUCAGCCUCUUCUCCCAGUCGACCGGCAAGUUCCGCGCCGGGCAGAACGAGUUCAACCUGCCGAAGGACAGCUACCAGACUCGCAUCGAGCUCUUGGAGAAGCUCGGCUGGGACCUGUGGGUGAACUACUUCAAGGCCAUCAAGACUGUCCGCUACCCGCCGGCGUAUGAGCUCUUCUAGGAACCGGCAGGGAUUGCCCUGGUCCAGCCCGUUCCCGGCCGCCUUUCCGCAUGAUUGCCGAGUCUUCCCCGCUGUGAGGGGAGACGCACACCCCCUGCUGCCUGGCUGGCAUUUUGGUGCCUCUUGCCUGGGCGGGGGCGCAUGUUGCCCUUUUACCAAUACACCCGUUUCUUGGGCAGCCAGA